AGAAAGUAGCCCACUUAAUAUGCAAAACAUUUAAAUCAAGACCGAAUACUCUCAUUUAAGCCAUAUUAUGUUAUGCAAUACCAUCAAUGUAAAUGGAAUGCAAAUAAAUAAAUGAAAAUGAAAUGCUCCUGCCUUUCUUAGAGGAUUAUACCUCAUUUUACACCCUAAUGCAGUAAGGGUAUUCUUUAUACAGAACAAUGCAGGCUGAAAUGCGGCAAUAUACGCACCCUUUCAUAAGAACCUAAUGAGCCUUGUUAGGCUGGGUAUUCGGAAGAUCACUCAAAUGCUUGAUCAAAACUCUGAUUUACGGUUGAUUUACUCUGUUCAGCCGAGCAUAACUAAUUGUCCAACGGCGUCGGUCAAGGAGGCAAAUGGGUGCUUUACUCGUUUUAAAAAAUGGCUAGCGGCCAGGGAAAAUAGUUUAGCUCGGAUAUUUUGCCACAUAUAGAAUACGCUAUCUCCUGCUAUCUCAGCCUGCCGCCUCGGGAUGUAUAUCGCUUAUUGCCUCGGCUCUCGGUAAUCAACUCUUGCUUUGUGUCGUAGAAGAAACAUGUCUGGAUAUUCCAGGGAAACACGCACUUAUCACUUCACCGAAGACAAGAUGUCAAGUAACACCCGAGAGUUUGAUGAAGUUUUUCACCACGUGAAGGAAUUCGGACCAUACCAAUUCUUCUGGUACAACUUUCUUUACGCUUUCACCACCCUUCCCAUGAUGCCGCCGCUGACAAAUAUCCUGUUCGCUAUGGGCAUCCCGGAUUUUCACUGUGCGGACGAUAAUACCACAUGUUCGGCCAACACUUGUUGUGAUAAUUGUACGAAUUACGCGUACGAUGGUCCCUUUACUAGCGUUGCCUCGGAGUGGGACCUGAUCUGCGACAAGGCUGCUGUGGUUCCGUUACUACAGAUGAUGUUCUACGUUGGAAGCCUUCUCCUUUCUCCUGUGAUUGGACCGCUCUCGGAUAGGUUUGGUCGCAAGAAAUGCCUGUUUGGUUCCAUGGCAAUUGCGGUUUGUAAUUUUCUCCUAGUUCGCCUCUUAGUGAAAGAGACGAAUUACGGAAAGUUCUGCGGUGGUCUAGGAUCAGCUUUCGCCAAUAGCGUCCCUCUUUUUGGCUUCAUGGAGUUCGUUCUAGGGUGUGGGUACGUCGGGGUGGUUCUGUCCGUCUACACGCUGAACAUGGAGCUUGUUGGCCCAGCCAGGAGGACCCUCGCCGGAAAUCUCAACGAAUUCUACUGGACUUUUUCGUCGCUUUUCUCAAUGAUGCUUGUCUAUCUUAUCCGUGAGUGGAGAACUCUGGUCUGGGUGUCUGCUCUUCCCUGCUUGGUUCUUCUUUUUCUCUACCCGCUAGUCCCAAGAUCCCCUCGCUGGCUCGUAGCUCACGGUCAUUUGGAUGAAGCAAUGACGGUCCUGUUGAGAUUUGGCGGGAAAAAUAACAAGGCUGUAGACCAGGUAAAGCUGCGUGCCUUGGUCGAUGAAAUCCGUGCGAACCAGACACUCAAGGAAUCCGACAAGACGAGGCGCACUCCAAUAGAUCUCUUACGGACACCAAAAAUGCGAAAAUGGAUUAUGAUUCUUUCAUAUAACUGGUUCGUGACAAAUCUUGUGAGUAAUGCGCUGUUCCUGGUCAUGUUAAACCUCGCCGGAAAUCUCUAUCUCAACUCAACACUGUAUUCUGUCGUGGUAGUCCCGAUGCUGCCUUUUACAUGGCUACUUAUGAAAAGUAUUGGCCGACGACUGACUAAUGCAGUGCUUUUUGCCUUAUGUGCUGUGAUCUGUAUUCUUGUGUCAGUUUUUCCAGAUAAGGGCAUGCUCACCACCGGUCUGGCAAUCACUGGGUUCGCUUUCGUUUACGGAACGUGGACCACAACAUAUAUCUUGACCACCGAGCUCUUCCCAACGGUGAUCAGAAAUACCGCUCUCAGCGCCGGGUCCACUGUUGGUAGGCUUGGCGGGAUAAUAUCUCCUUAUAUAGCAAUGAUUGGCAGCCUUAAUGGAAUGAACAUGAGUCUGCCAAUGGGAAUCUUUGCGGGUCUGACGUCACUAGCUGUAAUGGCAACCUACUGGCUUCCAGAGACCAAGUUCUCACCAAUGCACCAGACAAUUGAAGAGGCGGAGGAAGCAGUUGACUAUUAUGGGAUACCGUGCUGCGAGCGCCCAGCAAUAGCAACAACCUCAUCUCUUAUAACCUAAAAAGCUGCACUAUUAACAUUUGUGCAAUCUGGGAAAUGCCGAUGUCUGGCAUCCUCGGAAACCCCCCAUAGUACCCCGCGGUUAACAGAAAAUUAAGAAAUGUGCCUUCUUUAAGCAUUAACAAAUAUCAUUGUGGUUAUGUAGUACAGCGGUAAUUUUAAUUCGGAUUGAACAAUAAAAUAUGGCAAAUAUCCUACUUAAAUAUGUCGGAAAGUCGCACCUGAAAUAUUUAUUUUGAGAUCCGCGGGUCGGGUAUGUUUAAAAUGCAAAUACUACAUCCUUGCGGCUUAAACAAAAUACAACAAUUGCAGAUUUCUUAAGUAGGGUGUGAAUAGUACUUUGAGGUGCUUAUUCUUGAAAUAACGACCGCCUCUAGUUUCCGAGCCCGCAAUCCGGCGAAGGGGGCCAGCAACAGCUGAAAAUAGUUCCCGAGCUUGAAAAGUAGCUUAUAGGAAAUUUUGAUGUUUCUACAGCUCCUGUCGAAGAUAUUACCAAGUUAAACCUGUUUUGUCCGCGUUUAUCUCAACUCUUAUUUCUCAUAAAACCAAAUCACUUUCCUGGAAAUUUUUUCAAGGGCUCUGUGAUAAUAUAUGGUAGCUCUUUUACACACGAGCAUGUAUUCAGCAUAUAUUUUCCUCGACCUCUCGCUUCAAGUUAUUUACCUGAGUUUUAAAGUAUGUAUCAGUAAUAACCCAAAGAAUAGUGACUA